AUGGAACAUACAUAUCAAUAUGCGUGGAUAAUACCUUUUCUUUCACUUCCAGUUACUAUGUCAAUAGGAUUUGGACUUCUACUUAUUCCGACAGCAACAAAAGAUAUUCGUCGCAUGUGGGCUUUUCCUAGUGUUUUACUCUUAAGUAUAGCUAUGUUGUUUUCGGCCAAUCUGUCUAUUCAACAAAUAAAUGGAAAUUUUAUCUAUCAAUAUCUAUGGUCUUGGACCAUCAAUAAUGAUUUUUCUUUAGAGUUUGGAUACUUGAUCGAUCCACUUACUUCUAUUAUGUCAAUACUAAUUACUACUGUUGGAAUCUUGGUUCUUAUUUAUAGUGACAAGUAUAUGUAUCACGAUCAAGGAUAUUUGAGAUUUUUUGCUUAUAUGAGUUUUUUUAAUACUUCUAUGCUGGGAUUAGUUACUAGUUCCAAUUUGAUACAAAUUUAUAUUUUUUGGGAACUAGUGGGAAUGUGUUCUUAUUUAUUAAUAGGGUUUUGGUUCACACGACCAAUUGCAGCAAGUGCUUGUCAAAAAGCUUUUGUAACUAAUCGUGUCGGGGAUUUUGGUUUAUUGUUAGGAAUCCUAGGUUUUUAUUGGAUAACAGGUAGUUUAGAAUUUAGGGAUUUGCUCGAAAUAACUAAUAACUUAAUCCAGAAUAAUGGGGUCAAUUCUUUAUUUGCUACUUUGUGUGCUUCUUUAUUAUUCGUCGGUGCAGUUGCUAAAUCCGCACAAUUCCCCCUUCACGUAUGGUUACCUGAUGCUAUGGAAGGACCCACUCCUAUUUCGGCUCUUAUACACGCUGCUACUAUGGUAGCAGCAGGAAUUUUUCUUGUAGCUCGGCUUCUUCCUCUUUUCAUAGUCAUACCUUAUAUAAUGAAUUUCAUUUCUUUAAUAGGUGUAAUAACACUAUUAUUAGGGGCUACUUUGGCCCUUGCUCAAAGAGACAUUAAAAAAAGCUUAGCCUAUUCUACAAUGUCUCAAUUGGGUUAUAUUAUGUUAGCUCUAGGUAUAGGUUCUUAUCGAGCUGCGUUAUUCCAUUUGAUCACUCAUGCCUAUUCAAAAGCUUUAUUGUUUUUGGGAUCCGGAUCCAUUAUUCAUUCAAUGGAACCUAUUGUUGGAUAUUCACCAGAUAAAAGUCAGAAUAUGGUUCUUAUGGGUGGUUUAACAAGAUAUGUUCCAAUUACAAGAACCACUUUUUUAUUAGGUACACUUUCUCUUUGUGGUAUUCCACCUCUUGCUUGUUUUUGGUCCAAAGAUGAAAUUCUUAAUGAUAGUUGGUUGUAUUCACCAAUUUUCGCAGUAAUAGCUUCUUUCACAGCAGGAUUUACCGCAUUUUAUAUGUUUCGGGUAUAUUUACUUACCUUUGAUGGGUAUUUACGUGUUCAUUUUCAAAAUUACAGUAGCACUAAAAAUGGUUCGUUCUAUUCCAUAUCUCUAUGGGGAAAAGGAACUCCAAGAGGAGUCAAUCCUAAUUUACUUUUAGCAACAAUGAAUAAAAAGGUUUCUUUUUAUUCAAAAGAUAGAUCGAAAAUUGAUAAUAAUGUAAGAAAUAGGAUACGAUACUUUAGUACUUACUUUGGAAAUAAAUACACUUCCAUAUAUCCUCACGAAUCGGACAAUACUAUGCUAUUUCCUCUUCUUGUAUUAGUACUAUUUACUUUGUUGGUUGGAUCAAUAGGAAUUUCUUUUGAUCAAGGAGUAAUAGAUUUUGAUAUAUUAUCGAAAUGGUUAACCCCAUCAAUAAAUCUUUUACAUUCAAGUUCUAAUUAUUCUGUAAAUUCGGAUGAAUUUUUUACAAAUGCCAUUUUUUCAGUAAGUAUAGCAAUUUUCGGACUAUUCAUAGCAUAUAUUUUAUAUGGAUCCGCUUAUUCAUUUUUCCAGAAUUUUGAUUUAAUCAAUUCAUUUGUAAAAGGGGGUCCUAAAAGAAUUCUUGUGGACCGAAUAAAAAAUGUGAUAUACAAUUGGUCAUAUAAUCGUGGUUACAUAGAUAUUUUUUAUACUAGAGUUUUUACUGUGGGGAUAAGAGGAUUAACCGAACUAACUCAGUUUUUUGAUAGACGUAUAAUUGAUGGAAUUACAAAUGGUGUUGGUGUUGCAAGUCUUUUUAUAGGGGAAGGGAUUAAAUAUAUGGGAGGUGGACGAAUCUCAUCUUAUCUAUUCUUCUAUUUAUCUUAUGUAUCAAUAUUUUUAUUAAUUUUUUUAUUUUUUUUAUAA